AUCUCAGGCCGUGCCUCACGCCCUGCCUGUGCUGUCCCUGCCCUCUGUGCCAGGUCUGCCACCCCCAGCCAUGUCCUGCUACGACCUGUGCCGUCCCUGCGGCCCCACCCCGCUGGCCAACAGCUGCAACGAGCCCUGUGUGAGGCAGUGCCAGGACUCCCGGGUGGUGAUCCAGCCCUCGCCCGUGGUGGUGACCCUGCCCGGGCCCAUCCUGAGCUCCUUCCCCCAGAACACCGCCGUGGGAUCCACCACCUCCGCCGCCGUGGGCAGCAUCCUCAGCGAGGAGGGAGUGCCCAUCAACUCUGGGGGCUUUGGCCUGGGUGGCCUUGGUGGCUACGGCCUUGGUGGGCGCUACUGUGGCCGGAGGUGCCUGCCCUGCUAAAGCCGGGCCUGAGCCCAGCGAGUGCCUCGCCCAGGGAGCCCAAAGCCGGACUGAGGAUGGAGCUGCUGGCCAGCGCUUGCCCAGGGCUUUCCUCCUGCUGCCCAGGAGGGAGGCAAAGGUGGCCAGCUGAUGUCUUGUGCUUGUCCUGCUCUCUUCUGCUCCUCGUGAGCCCCUGUUGUCUCUGCCGUGCUGUGCCGGGGGUCCCUCCUGACUCCAGCGCAGCGGGGUCCUGCUCCUGGCGCUCUGCCCGUGGGGGUGGGAGGCAGACGUGUGUCCCACUGCUGGGCAGGGCUGUCUGACUGGGUCCCUGCAGCCCUCCCCGCUUUGUUUCUGUCUUUAAAGCCAUUAAAAUUUUUG